AUGGAGUCUCCGAAAUCCAACAACGAUGGCUACCAAAACAUCUUCGUGAUGCGUCACGGCGAUCGAAUCGACAAUUUCGAGCCGCUCUGGGUUUCAACAGCUGCUCGACCUUGGGAUCCGCCUCUCAUUCAAGACGGCAUGAUCCGAGCCUUUCGAACAGGUCAAAGGAUCCGAUCUCAGAUCGGGUUUCCGAUUCACCGCGUCUUCGUCUCCCCUUUCCUCCGCUGCAUCCAGACUGCUUCCGAAGUCGUCGCAGCUCUCUCCGCCGUCAAUGUCGACAUCACCGCCAUGUCUUCCCAAGACGUCCCUUCCAUUGACAAAUCUAAGCUCAAGGUUGCAAUUGAAUUUGGAUUGUGUGAGAUGCUGAAUUCAGUGGCGAUAAGGCGUGAGCUAGCUCCGAAAGAUGGGGAUUUUGACUUCAGGAUCUCAGAUCUUGAAGCUAUGUUUCCUGAGGGAAUGGUGGAUCAUAAUGUCGACAUGGUUUACAAAGAGUUGCCAAAAUGGGAAGAAUCUGUGGAAGGUUGCAGAGAUCGUUAUGUUAAAGUGGUUAAGGCUCUUGCUGAUAAGUAUCCUACAGAGAACUUGCUCUUAGUCACUCAUGGGGAAGGAGUGGGAACAACAUUCUCGACCUUCUAUAAAGAUACAACAGUGUACGAAGUAGACUACUGUGCUUACGUUGAACUGAGAAGAGAGGUCACAGGUCAAGAUGGGUCUGUGAAAGCUGGGGAAUACGAGGUGGUUUUGAGUCAUGGUCAAGCUGGGAUCCGGUUUAGUCAUGAUCCUGAAAGCCAUGACCCUGUCAUAAGCCGAACACCGGUUUAA